GGAACAGGUGACCAGGUAAUAAAUUUAUUAAUGUAAUUCCAUGUGAGAAAAAAUUGGUGAGUUUUUAAAAAAUCGAAGUCCGUUAAAUAUUUACCUGUACUGAAUCUAGGUGGACUUGUUUUUCAUUGUUUAAGAAUUGCAGCGGAAUAUCAAAAUAAUGGCAGCCAACUUAAUCCCACCACCGGAUGGGGUUUUUCAAGCUAAAUUUAACACGGGCUCAGAUGGAUGGUCGGUUAUCUUGCCUUACGUUGAUCGUCGGAAGUACACCAUUGGCGAAAAGUACACCUCGUGGGAGACCCAGGGCGAUUUCUUCUUUUUCACCACUGACGAGGAAGAGUGGAACUGGAGUUUCGGUCUGCAAAUCAUGUGUGACCUUGACUCUUAUUGGGUCAAACCUUUCAAGGGUGGCGGAGUUUCUAAGAAUGGCGAAAUGCUGGACGACAAGGUCAAAACGAGGCUAAAAUUUGGCGACAUUUUCACAGUCACAAAGCUUCGCAACGACAUUUCUAGCAACGUUGCCAUCUUCACGUUUGAAAAACGGACGUACCCCAAAAAUUGGGAUAAACUGAACAUUUGUGCGUCAGACAAUGCGACUGGAUCCAAUUUCACGCCGGAUCAAAAUCAAUUGGUUUUCUCCCACAUUCUGUCCUACCUCUCUGUCGGAAGCUUGAAGAACGCUCGGCUAGUUUGUCGACACUGGGAGGAACAAGUGACCCCCACUCUGCAAAAGAAAUGCGUCAUAAAUUUUCGUGGAUGUUCAUACGCUUGCAACAACCCUUCCAUGAGAUUUUUGCGAUAUAUUCAUGAAAUCCGACAUGUCGAAGACUGGCCAAACUGGAAGAUGCACUUUCCAUCCUUAACCCCCAAAAAGGAUGACGAGGAAAAUUGGAGCGCUAAGUAUGUCGCUGAUCUGAACUUGUUUCUUCAUCCGAGAAGGGGACAUCACGUCAAGACUUUGUCGUUGCAAGGAUACAUCGACUCUGAUCAGGAUUACGGGUUAUAUCUCGACACCGUUUCGCGAUUUAAAGACAUCUUGGAAGAAUUAUGUCUGGAUUUCAACAUGUCAAAAGAUUAUUCCCCCCGGAAGAGCUAUCUUUGGCCGCGAGACCUAUUUUUCCCCUUAUUGAAGAAGUUUUCUCUGCGCUUCCACACCCAUUUUGGGGACCCGCCGCCGGCCACCCUGAGCACGAACUGGAUGAAAACUUGGACCAAUGCGAUUAAAGGGGUGACCUCCAUCUCCAUUCUUGCCGAUGGUUUUCAGGGGUCAAGAUUUGUCCAAGCCUUGCAAACUACGGGAACUUUGUCGUACACAAAUUUGAGGGAGAUUCAGCUAACUUGCAAGUCAGAGGAGGGUAUCAAUUUUCUCACCGAGGUAAACCACCCCCUGAAGAAGUUGACCUUGACGUUGCCUCUGGAAACUCGACAUCUUCCCGGGUUUGAGGAUUUGCUCAAAAAAUUCGCCAUGUCCUUGGAAUUUCUGAAGUUUCGUGUCGCCACGGCUGGACUGGAAGAAGAGUCGCGUUUCAUCCUCAAUUUGCCAUGUUUUCCUAAACUGAAAAGUUUAGAUCUUCACUUUGGAGCUUUUGAGACUCCUAUAAUGUACAUCUCUGGAGUGGAAGAUGUUCCUUGUCUUAUAAAAAAUGUGGCACGGUUAAGCCUCGCAUUUCCUCCAGAUGACAAUGGUAUCGACUAUGGACGCCACCUUCCUGGGAUUAGGUCCAUCGUCGUGAAACCGUGGAUAAGGGCAGGUCAUGAAGAUGAUUUUUGGGACACGUACAGCACUCUGAUUGACAGUCUUCUUCCCAAGGAAAAUGGGCAGUGUUGCAAAACUCUGGAAAAUUUGGUAAUUUUUAGGGAUGAUAUUCAACCUGCGAGCGAUACCGUCAAGCUGGACUUCCAGGAAUAUUUCCGAACGUUAGGAACGAGUGGAUGGACAGGUUGAAGGAGAAGUAAUUCUUGAGUGAUACAUAUGAAUUUGGAUUUAUUGAAAUUAAUUAGUUAAUACGAUAUUGGUGACGGUGAGUAAUUUAGGAUGAGAUGAGAUUAAUUUAAUUAAAAAACUUUGAAUUUCCCAAGAAAGUUUGCGGCUGUAAUUAAUUAUGCAAUUUUUGGUUUUUGUUACCUCUGUCAUUUUCAGUAUGUAUGAGUCUCGUCUCAGUUAUUUAACGUAAAUAUUUAAUAAAUGAAAAUGUACACAAAUUUCAA